AUGUUGCAAUUCAUUGAAAAGAGUGCAUUAGCUCAACUCAUUGCUGAACAAACAGGUUCCAGAAACUAUUUAUUAAUUGAUUGCAGAGAGCCACAUGAAUUCUCGAGCACAGAAUUACCUCACCUACCCACUGCUCUAAAUAUUCCAUUGAAAUCCAUAACAUCUAAUUUCAAUGACUUGACAACCACUCAAUUUAUGUCUCAAUAUGGUCAUGAAAAACCAUCCCACAAAAACCGAAUCAUUAUUUAUUGUAGGUCAGGGGCAAGAGCUCAAAAGGCAGCUCAAGAAAUGAUUGAACUAGGAUAUGAGAAUGUACUUGUAUAUAAAGGAAGCGCAAAUGAGUGGUGGGGAAAAGUAUAG